UUUGGAACACAUUUAAUAGAAAUAAAAGUGAACAUUUCGUGGUGGAAAUGGCGUGUUUGUAGUUACGCAGCGAGAAGAAGGUUGCCGGUCUCACGUUUGUGGGGAUUUCUGACAGAGCUAAGAUGGGAACGAGUUCAGUGGGAAAAAGCGAAACUUCGUAUCGUGGCCCCGCCCCCCACACACCCCGGUCGUCACGGCGAUUCCCGGAGGGCUCCUCGUUCCGGCAGGAUGCCGCUGUACGAAUCCGGCUCUACCGAGCCUUCGCUGCUGCUCUCGCUACUCCUGUUCUGGUCCUGCGGCGCCUCCGCGCUCUGUGGCGCCCCCCAGCUGAGUUCCAAGCUCAGCACCGUCUGGGGGCCGGGACUCGACCCCGCCGCCGUGCUGCCUGUGCGCUUCUUUUAUAUCCAGGCGGUGAGCGUCACGGGGGAGAAUCUCACGUGCUCGCCAGGUAAAGAACCAUUCCAGGUGCGGAUCACCUCGCUGUCCCCAGACGAACACGUUCGCAUCCAUGUCCCACAGCCGCUGGACCGUGGCGAUGGCUCUUUCCUCAUGAGGUACCGACUAUACACCAGUGCCACCAAGGGGCUGAAGGUGGAAGUUCUGCACAAGGACCAGCAUGUCAGCAAGUCGCCCUACAUUCUCGAAGGCCCAGUACUCCAUGAGUACUGCGACUGCCCCAAGACCAACAUUUCCAGUUGGCAGAGCGCUAUGGUGUGUCCUUCCCAGGAGCCACAGAUCCUGCAGGACUUUAGCUCCUUCCCCACCAUUGACCUGCAGCACCUCCUGCAGGAGGUGCCACGCCGCUUUGCCCAGCGAGGAGGGCUCAUCCAUUACACUAUUCUGAACAACCAAGUGUACCGCCGAUCCCUGGGCAAGUACACGGAUUUCAAGAUGUUCUCUGACGAGAUGCUGCUCUCUCUGGCCCGGAAGGUGUGGCUACCUGAUGUUGAGCUCUAUAUCAAUGUUGGUGACUGGCCCAUAGAGACACGUGCAGCAGAGGACCGCCCAGUGCCCAUCCUCUCCUGGUGCGGCUCCACAGAAACCCGCGAUAUAGUCCUGCCCACCUAUGACAUUACACACUCCAUGCUCGAGACCCUGAGAGGUGUGACCAAUGACCUGCUGUCAGUCCAAGGGAACACAGGCCCCCUCUGGUGCAACAAGACAGAGCGGGCUUUUUUCCGUGGGCGGGACAGCCGUGAGGAACGCCUCCAGCUUGUGGCCAUGUCUAGGGACAGCCCGGAUCUUCUGGAUGCUGGGAUCACUGGCUUCUUCUUCUUCCGGGACCGAGAGAAGGAUCUUGGCAAGGCACCACUUGUGGGCUUCUUCAACUUCUUCCAGUAUAAGUACCAGGUGAAUGUGGACGGCACCGUGGCGGCAUACCGCUUCCCCUACCUGAUGCUAGGGAACAGCCUGGUGCUGAAACAGGAUUCUCCCUACUAUGAGCACUUCUAUAGCCAGCUGCAUCCAGGUGUGCACUACCUGCCGUUCAGGAGGAACCUCUCAGACCUUCUGGACAAAAUCCGAUGGGCCAAAGAGAACGAUGCUGAGGUGCAAGAGAUUGCCCGCCAGGGGCAGAUGGCAGCCAGAGAACUGUUACAGCCAAAUAAAUUGUACUGUUACUACUACACUGUGCUACAGAUGUACGCUGAGAGGCAGACCAGUCGCCCUACUGUGCAUCCUGACAUGGAGCUCGUUCCCCAGCCCCCUGACCACAGCACCCUCUGCAGUUGCCAGAAGGAAGCAACAGCCUGGGCGAAAGAAGAACUUUGAGCUAACAUGUUAAUAUAUGUGUGUGAUACCCCGCAGUGUCUCUAAACACACCAUUGACCUCAUCAAAGUUUAGACUUGAGCCUCUAGACUCUCUCAGGGCCUUUCACACCCUUGGUACGAGCAGAUCCUCUGGACCAGUUGCAGCUCCCCCGCCACAUCACUCUUGAUUCAGUGCAAGAACAGUUAUCAGACAGCUAUCCCUGAUUUUAAAGGUGCCUUUUUCCCCCUGGCUAACCCACCACUUUUAGUUUAUUCAUUUUUCUGUGUUCUUUAACCAGUUUAAGGUACUGUAUUCGUAUCUAGCUGCAUUGUAUCCUUU